AGGAGUCACAGGAGAAAUGAAACUAGGGCUUUUGUCCACAAUCUGACAGCAAUGCAGCCGAAAGCUCAAACAAAAGAGCUGAAAGGCAGGUUCAGAGGCGUCCGUGUGCUGCAGCAGUAAAAUGAUCACAGGAUUCUUGAGAUGAGUCAAAGGCCGAACCAGUUUACUGGCAGUGUGAAUCGUAGAUAAUUAAGCCCUGAUGAAACCUCACACCUUUCCUUCCUGACUGAAUAAAACCCGGUGUGUGUUUUAUUGAAGAAAAGUAUGUGAGACGGAUGAGACGAUGGAAGAUUCACACACCCUUCAGGAUGAAGAUGCAUCCACAGGACACAGGGAAGAACCUGGCUCUCCUGUACCGAGCUGUGCAUCGAUGCGCAGUAACAGCUCAAUGAACCGGCCAAUCAUAUUUCAGGGGAAAAACCCAUCCAUUUUCAGACCUGCAGUCCAUCAGAACAGACCAGUCCCUUUACCAUCCAGCCACGUCUCCAUCAAGAGUCAUCAAUCUAUGGAUCCUCCAAUCACCAUUAAAGAUAAACCUUUACCUUCUGAAUCCAGAUCAGUCCCAUCAGCUUCCAGCUGCGUGUCUUUGAAGAGUGAUAAAUCAAUAGAGCCACCAAUCUCCUUUCCUACCAACCCCAAACCAUCUGGACAAGAGAUGGCUGAGCUGAAACUCGUGGGGAAAACCAAGUCACCAAAUAUAGUCAAAACUGGAGGCGCUGUGGAACGGAGUAUCAGUCUCAGUACUAGAGACUUUCUAAAGUUAUUGUUGUGUGAAGAUGAAUCAUAUAAGAAAUAUAAAUCCAGUCUGAAAGAUCGCUUCCAGCGCUUAUCUGACCAACUACCAAAUAGCGGACAAUCGACUCUUCUCGACGAUAUCUACACGGAUCUGUACAUUACCGAGGGCGACAGCGGAGAGGUGAAUACUGAACAUGAGGUGAGGCAGAUUGAGAUGGCUGCCAGAACGCAGCAGUUGAUGGGGGACAAAUCGAUCAAAUGCAACGACAUCUUCAAACCCUUACCUGAGCAAGACAAGCUGAUCAGAACCGUGCUGACCAAGGGAGUGGCUGGCAUUGGAAAAACCGUCUCUGUGCAGAAGUUCAUCGUGGACUGGGCUGAGGGGAAAGCAAAUCAGGAAGUGCGCUUUAUAUUUCCACUUCCUUUCAGAGAACUGAACCUGAUAAACGACCAGAGCUUCAGUCUGGAAGGUCUUGUUCAUCGUUUUAUUCCUCAACUGGAAAAGAUGCCGUUUAUCGACAUCGCUGAACACGAUAUUGUAUUUAUCUUUGAUGGCCUGGAUGAAUGUCGAUCAGUUAUGGAUUUCAAAAACGACAAGAUCAUAAACGAUGUGACUGAUAGGACCACAGUGGACAUGCUUCUGUCAAACCUAAUCAAGGGUAAUCUGCUUCCCAAAGCCAAAAUCUGGAUUACCUCCAGACCAGCAGCAUCCAGUCAGAUUCCAGUUGAAUUUGUAAGUCAAGUCACAGAGAUCCGGGGCUUCAAUGACCCUCAGAAAGUGGAAUACUUCCAGAAAAGGAUCAGAGACCAAAGUCUGGCCAAGAAAACCAUUGCACACUUGAAAUCGUCUCGGAGCUUGUACAUCAUGUGUCACAUCCCAGUCUUCUGCUGGAUUUCAGCCACUGUUCUGGAGAGGAUGUUGAGAGAAACCGAAGACGCUGCGAUUCCCAAAACCCUGACCCAAAUGUACACGCACUUCCUCAUCAUCCAAACAAGCAUCCGAAAGGAGAAGUACUCACCGAGCGAAGACAAAGAAAUCGACAAAGAGAUGAUCCUCAAACUCGGACAUCUCGCCUUCAGACAGCUGAUCAAAGGGAACCUGAUCUUCUACGAAGAAGACUUGAGAGAUUGCGCCAUUGACGUCGAGGAUGCCGUUGUGUACUCAGGAGUUUGCACGCAGAUCUUCAGAGAAGAGUUUGAACUGCAUCUCAGAAGGGAAAAGGUGUUCUGCUUCGUUCACUUGAGCAUCCAGGAACAUCUUGCAGCUUUGUACGUCUACAUAUCCUUCAGUGAAGGCGAGCAAACCGUGCUCAACCUGUGGAACCCAACAAAGAUUGCGGCUGCAUUUCCAUGUCUUUCCAUCUAUGACCUUCAUCAGAGCGCAGUGGACAAAGCCUUAAAAAGCACAAAUGGUCAGUUCGAUCUGUUCCUCCGAUUCCUUCUUGGCCUCUCCUUGGAAAACAACCUUGCUCUCCUACAAGUUCUGCUGCCACGGGUAGCUGCAGGUUGCACCACAAGCGUUGAGAAAACGAUCGAUUACAUCAAGAUCCGGCUCAGGAUGACCCUUCCUCCAGAGAAGUACAUUAACCUCUUUCACUGCCUGAACGAGCUGAACGACUCCUCCCUGCAGGACGAGAUCCAGACCUUGCUUGGUUCUGGACGCCUGUCGAAGACCAAACUCUCUCCGGCGCAGUGGUCAGCUUUGGUUUUCGUGUUGCUGAACUCGGACAGGGAGCUGAGUGUCUUUGACCUGAGGAAAUACAGCCUGAGCAAUGCAGACGAAUGUCUCUACAGGAUGCUACCUGUUGUAGAAGCCUCAAAAACAGCUGAGGUUCGACAGUGCAACCUCUCAGUUAAAGGUUUCCAGUCCCUGGCCUCAGCGCUCAGCUCAAAAUCAUCAAAUCUCAGAGAACUGAAGCUCAGCGGCACUAAAAUGCACGGGUCCACCAUAAAAAACCUCUCUGAAGGACUGAAGAACCUGCACUGUAAACUGGAGAUACUGGACCUUUCUGAAUGUAACAUCCAAACAGAUGACUGCCGUUUGCUGGCCUCAGCUCUGAACUCGAACCCUCAGCAUCUGAAAGAGCUGGACCUGAGCUUUAAUCCUAUUGGAGAUUCUGCGGUGCUGCCGCUCUGUGGAGUUCUGUACAAUCCAAAGAGUCCACUGAAGAAACUCAAGCUGUAUAGCUGUGAGCUAACUCAGAAGAGCUGCGCAGUCCUGUCAGAAGCCCUGGCGACCCACAGUAACUCAAGCUUGACAGAGUUGGAUUUGAGUAAAAAUGCUCUUCAGGAUCACGGAGUAAAGAUGCUUUCUGAUGCACUGAAGAAUCCACACUUUAAGCUUAGGAGUCUGAGUCUGACGGACUGCGGAAUCACAGAGGUUGGCUGUGUUUCUCUGUAUUUGGCUUUUCAUUCAAACCCUUCUCACCUGAUUGAGCUGUGUCUGAACUACAACAGACUCAGAGACUCUGGAGUGAAGGUCAUCGCUGAUAUUUUGAAACAGCCACAAUGCAAGCUGGAGAAGCUAAGUUUGUCACAGUGUGAAAUCACAGAUGAAGGCUGUGCUGCUCUAGCUUCAGCUCUCAGGCUGAACCCUGAACCACAUCUGAGGGAGCUGGAACUGACCAGGAACAAACCAGGAACCUUGGGGAAGAACCAGCUCAGAGCUCUGCAAGAGCAUCCAGACUUCCGUCUGGAAAAGUUAAAAUUUUAGAAGACUAAUGCAGAUUUGCCUGGAGAUUAAAGGUAUUCUUACCAUCACCAACAAGAAGCUGCCAAUGGGAAACACUGUAGAUACACUUUAUGCACAAAAGAGUUGGGACAUCAGCUCAUUCGUCAUCGAUUCAUCUGAGAUCAGGGGAUUUUAAGGGGAUUACUAAAGAGUAAAAGAAGAACUGAUGCUGCUUUUGUUGGAGUAACUGUCUCUACUGUCCAGGAAACAUUGGAUAAUCAAAUCCAAUAUUCAAAAGUACUGGAUGGAGCUCCAUUAUUCCAGAGAUCACAGUUCCACUGCCUUACAGCUCAACAUACCUGGGUUUUAUAUUCUUCUAGCCCACUCCUGGCUUUAGAUAUGGUUUAAAUAUGUUCAUGUUUAUCUGAGAGGCUGAAAAUUGCUGUUCAAUUUUCAGUGUUUUUUUUCAUGCAAAUGUAUCUUUGCUGUCGUAACGACUGGAAAAGUACACCUUGCAUGGCUCAAAAAACACAAACGGCAAGAAAAAGGAUGUGUUUUAGACGUCAUUCGCCUUUCCCUUUAACAGCCAGGUGAGCUCUGACUUUUGUGAAUUGCUAUUUUAACAGCGCAUCGCUUCUGCACUUCUUGGCAGAGGAAACAGGUUAAUUACGGGAACAGCAAUGUUGUUUUAUUUUGUAUUCUGUUCAUUGUUAAUGUAAAAGUUGGGUUUGUGCACUGUUGCAUGUCCUUGUGUGUGUGUAACGAGUGGGGUGUACACGUGGCAUGCCUGCAUUGCCAAGAUAGCAAUGAACAUCUGACUGUUGACUGUUGUCCGGGUUGUAUUUAGUCAGUGGCACGCCUGUGUUUUCCAUUGCCAAGAUAGCAAUACACCAGAAGUUUGCAUGAAAGCACCUUACUUCCAGACCACCACACCCUUCAACACAGAUAUAUUCACAAGCACUGUUGCUGUUUAAUCAAUGUAGGUGCACAGCAUGAAAUUACACUGUUGACAGGGUGCAAGAUAGCAAUGAGCAUCACGGUGUGCAUUGAGCAUGGUGUAAAACAUGGUAGAAAGUCUCCAUGGUGUUCCUUAAUCAGUGUCAUAUGUCUUUUUAUGUAGCCUGAUUAUACACUAAGUGUUUCCUGCUGAAUAGAGCUCCAAAUGUAUGGUUUUCAGGUGAUAUAACUACAAAUACUGCAGUUGUGGUGUAAUGGAUCAAAAAUCUCAUGGAUCAGAUCAUUUCAUGGAUUUUAAAGCACAGAUCUGAAAUUUUUUAGACCAUUGUUUUUUUUAUUUGUAUGACAAAUAUUAGUAGUGACUGAGAUAUUUGAUUUGGGGUUUUCCAGCUUCUAUUCUCUUAUAAACUCCUGCUUGCAUAAUUCACUUAAAGGGGGCGUGUCUAUAGCACUGGACUCCGCCUCUCUCCGCUAUGAUGUAGUGAUGAGUCAAAUAUGUAACUACUCGUUGUUUUACUGGUUUUCCUGUCAUGCUUUCCUGUGGUUAAGGUAACAGAAGUUGUCUUGGAUAAUUUGACAAUUUUAAUCUUUUCCAGCUAACAGAGAACAUUAUAAGAACAUUUAGCCACAUUUUGAAAAAGGGUUCCAGAAAAGUUUGCCUGUAAUAAUACAGAAAUAUUAUUAUUAUUAGGAACGUUAUACUUAUAACGGUUUCCAUCACAAUGUUUUUGCAACAUUUUUCAGGUUUCAUUUUCCAGCAGGACUUAGUACACUUAGAAACUAUUUAGUUCAGAUUUUAAACAUUAACCCUGCUAAAGAAAAACUAUAUAUGUCAAAGUUGGGUUUAUUAUGGUUUUAUUUCUGUUGCAUAAAUAUAAAAUAUUAGAGGUGUGCCAAAAAAUCGAUUCACAUAAGAAUCUUGAUUCUCAUUUACUACGAUUCAGAAUCGAUUUAAAAUGUCCCAAAAUCGAUUCUGAGGGGCGGGUUUUAGACUGAUUUUGGGCUGGGUAUUUUUGUUGGACCUGGCAACC